CAUUCGAAUCUGCGUAAUCAAAACAAAACGAAAAAGCGCCGUCCACACGUGUUUAUGUUGUGGUCAGUGCCGGUAGUGUGUGAUACGAGUGAUAACAGAUUUUCCUAGAAUCAAAAAUCAAGCUUCGGCUGCAAUAAUCCACCAGAGACGAUGGAAACCAGCGUGGACCUGGGGUUCCUGGAAUCAUGUGAGGAGUGGCUACUGGCCAACAAGUUCUUCCGCAGCAAAGUGGGUGGCAAACCGGCCUGGUUGGAGCUGAAAAACAUUCCCGCCCCGAAGGAUUUGGCCUGUGACGAAUGUGGCGAGCCGUGCAUAUUCCUCUGCCAGGUUUAUGCUCCUCUAGAAGAACAGGACAAGUGCUUCCAUCGGAUGCUGUAUUUGUUCGUGUGCCUGAAAGCCACCUGCUAUCAACCCAAUCAGAACAAUAACAUCAAAGUCCUCCGCAGUCAGUUGCCUCGCCAGAAUGACUACUACGACUUCAACCCCCCGAAUGAAGACAAGCCCUCGGAGGCGGUUCCAUCUCCGGUGCCACUUUGUGCAGUCUGUGGCUGCCGUGGGCCACAGCAGUGCUCCAAAUGUAGAAAGGUGAACUACUGCGGGGUCAUCCAUCAACGCAUAGACUGGAAGCAGAGUCACAAGGCGGCAUGCGGGACAUCGACGGCGAGUGAUGGCCAGUGUUCGUCCAUUUUGUUUCCCCAGUUCGAGAUCGUGACGGAACCGGAGGAAAUCGAACCAGCGAAGAAGCUGUCUGAGGAAGAGAACGUUAAAAAGCAAAUGGAGGAAUACGACAAGCUGGUCAAAGAAGGAAAAAUCGGAGAACUGAGCGAGGUCUCCGAGAGUGAAAUGGACACCUACGCGGAACAGGUGGAAGAUAAGCAUUUCGAUAAGUUCAAGAAGCGUGUGGCUUUCGAUCCAGAUCAGGUGCUUCGGUACGACAGGAAAGGAACUCCGCUUUGGCUGUCACCGGUUGUGCCAAGUGAAGUUCCGAAUUGUGAACUUUGUGGCAGUCGUCGAGUCUUCGAGUUUCAGAUAAUGCCUCAGCUGCUCAAUAGUUUGAAAAACGAGAAUAUCGAUUGGGGAACAUUGGCCGUUUUCACGUGCGAGCAAAGUUGCUCUACGCCUGACCAUUCCUAUGCGAAGGAAUACGUCUACAAACAGGAUGUCAUCAGCACGGAUGAACCGAAGGCACUGGAAACCAACGAAUAGACAAUAUACGUGAAUGUUACCAUUUAUUCAUAUACUCUGUAUAAUAAACCAAACUCUGCGCCUUGUAUCCUCCCAUCGAGGAUACAAGCUCGUCAUAAUUAAACUGGUUAAAUGCA